GCAUGUCCCUGCUGCCACCAAAAUUUGUGGGGUUUCUCAUCCUCUGGGGGCUGACAACUGCUGCCAGGUCCCCCCCGCCCUGGAGCUGGCACUGGUGCUGGUAGGAUUACCAGCUAAGGAGCUUUGUGAGAGAGGGAAGUGGAGAAGAUUACAAGAUUUUUCAUUUGGUUUGGGGGAAAUGUGCAUAAUUUCCUGCAAGCCCCGUCGCUGCAUUUUGCUCCAUCCUGAGGGGCACGGCAGGUGCUGCUGGCAGCAGGACGGUGCUGUAGUGUGCUGACUUGUGUCCCUGCUUCGGCAGGAGGUGCUAGGCUGGGAUUCACCUCACUCGACUUCGCUUGCACUGGGAAAAAUAGGGGGAAUGUACUGCUGGGGCUGUGGCCCCGAGGUCGACAACUUCGGCAAACAGCUGGGCUCUGCCGCGGGAGCCAUCGGCAUCGCCGCCACCUGCGCUGCCGCCCCGCCGUGGGGUUGGCGGUGCACACGCGUUGCUGCCAGAGGGUUUGGUUUCGGACCCGUGUAUGGAAACCUUUACUGUGCGUGGCCGGAGGGAGGCAAGGAAAGACCUCUUCCCUCCGCAGCCUCAGCCCUCGCCGCGCCCUAAACCGCGGCUGGGCCAGCAGCCGUACCCGCGGGAGGAUGGCCAGCGGGGCGCAGGGGAGUCCUGCCCCGCCACGGCCACUCCGGAGGGGACCGGCAGCGGCUGUGUCCCUCCUGCCCCCACCUGCCCGCGUGCCGCUCGCUCGCUCGCUUCCUGAGCUCAUCAAAUAUUGAGGGCAGGAGGGCUGACGGGAGCGCUCCGCGCCCGCCGCCUCGCAGCCCCCCGCCGUCACGUUGGCGGCGCGCGGGAGGAGCUCCCCGCCUCGCCCGGGGCGCCGGCUAAAUUUAGGCAGCUGGCGCUGCUGCCCGCCGGAGCAGCAUGCAGGUCUCCUUUGUGUGCUCCGAGCACAGCAUCAAGAGCCGGAGCGCGGAGGACCGCCUGAACCGACAGAAUGCCGGCAGCCCCAGCCUCGGCACCCGCGGCAAGUUCCGCGCGGUGGCCAUGGUGGCCCGCAGCCUGGGGCAGCUCUCGGUGCAGAACGCCCCCUCCUCCAGCGACUCCAGCGUCAAGCAGCCGGGGAUGAAAUACCGGAACCUCGGGAAGUCUGGGCUACGUGUGUCCUGCCUGGGUCUGGGAACAUGGGUGACUUUUGGAGGGCAGAUCACAGAUGAGAUGGCGGAGCAGCUGAUGACUUUAGCUUAUGACAACGGCAUUAAUCUCUUCGAUACGGCAGAAGUCUAUGCUGCUGGCAAGGCUGAGGUGGUGCUGGGGAACAUCAUCAAGAAGAAAGGGUGGAGACGGUCCAGCCUGGUCAUCACCACCAAAAUCUUCUGGGGAGGAAAGGCUGAGACAGAGAGGGGCCUGUCCCGAAAACACAUCAUAGAAGGUCUGAAGGCAUCAUUGGAGCGGCUGCAGCUGGAGUACGUGGAUGUGGUGUUUGCUAACCGGCCUGACCCCAACACGCCGAUGGAAGAGACAGUGCGAGCCAUGACCCAUGUCAUCAACCAGGGGAUGGCCAUGUACUGGGGGACCUCGCGCUGGAGCUCCAUGGAGAUCAUGGAGGCGUACUCGGUGGCCCGGCAGUUCAACCUGAUUCCACCGAUCUGUGAGCAGGCCGAGUAUCACAUGUUUCAGCGGGAAAAGGUGGAGGUGCAGCUCCCUGAGCUCUUCCACAAGAUAGGUGUUGGAGCCAUGACCUGGUCCCCACUGGCCUGUGGCAUUGUCUCGGGGAAGUACGAUGGGGGCAUCCCCCCCUACUCCCGUGCCUCGCUGAAGGGAUACCAGUGGCUGAAGGACAAGAUCCUGAGUGAAGAGGGCCGGCGGCAGCAGGCAAAGCUGAAGGAGCUGCAGGCCAUCGCUGAGCGCCUGGGCUGCACCCUGCCCCAGCUCGCCAUCGCCUGGUGCCUGCGCAACGAGGGUGUCAGCUCCGUCUUACUGGGGGCCUCCAAUGCCGACCAGCUGAUGGAGAAUAUUGGAGCAAUACAGGUCCUUCCAAAGCUGUCGUCUUCCAUCGUCCACGAGAUCGAUAGCAUCCUGGGCAACAAACCAUACAGCAAGAAGGACUACAGAUCCUAAGCGCGCCCGAGCACGCCGCCCGCCGCGCAGCCCUCGCCGCCCGUUCG